CAAGACUCAUUUGAAAACCGCGCUUUAUCCAGUGUACUACGUGGAGUGGUUCAUUUUAAAGUAGAUAACUAAUUCAUUUAAGUCAAAGGAAUUAAUCAGUCAAUUUUUUAAUAAUUUUGAGUCGGUGUGCCGUGGCCAUCUCUUUGAUUUCCACUUUCGGGUCGUUAUUUUGCAACACAAUGAAAGUUACCUUCAAAACACUGAUGCAACAGACGUUUGUUCUUGACUUUCAAGAAGAUGAUCUGAUUGGCGACGUUAAGAAGAAAAUCGAAGCGAAAUGGGGCAGCGAAUUCGAUGCAAGGACUCAGAAACUAAUACACUCAGGCAAGGUGAUGGAAGAUAGUAAAUCGCUAAAAGAUUACAAAGUGACAGAAUCUGGUUUCGUUGUAGUAAUGUCUGUUUCAAAGCCAACCAAAGAUACAACGAAAGAAGCUAGUGCUUCAGUACAAAGUAAUCCUACUGGUGAAACAAAGCCAACAACAGACAAAAAAAGCCCAGUGACAGAAGCGAAUGAAGCUCCGAGCAGUAAACCAGACGCCAAUUCUCAACCUAACUUACCUACAGUUACAACAGCCCCAUCUAGCGCAACCAGUACUUUGGGUUUUGGAGAGAGUUCCUUAGUUACUGGAGAGAAUUUUGAGCGGGUUGUAAAAGAACUAAUGUCCAUGGGUUUUGAGAGAUCAUUGGUAAUCCAAGCAAUGCGAGCAGGCUUCAACAACCCAGAUAGAGCAUUUGAAUACCUUUCAUCAGGAAACAUUCCGAAUGUUGACAUUGUUGACCAGUCACGGGAACGGGAAGAGAGCGAAAGUGUAUCUCCAGAAGGACCUGGGGAUACUGAUACCCCAGGCUCUGAGUCCCUUGGCUCAGAAGAUCCGAUCGCUGCACUCGCAAGUUUACCCCAGUUUCAACAAAUGAGAGCGCUAGUACAAGCAAAUCCAGAGCUACUGCCUCAGCUCAUCCAGCAAAUAGGGAAUGAUAAUGCAGAUUUAUUUAGGCUCAUUCAAGAAAAUGAACAAGCAUUUCUGGAAUUUAUUAAUACCCCAGUCACUGGUACUACUCGACCCGGUAGUCAGCGUCAAACUGUUCUGACUAUGACUGCUGAGGAACGUGCUGCUGUGGAUCGUUUGAAGGCAUUAGGGUUCCCGGAGGAGUUGGUUAUCCAAGUAAGUUUUCAAAAGAUGUGUCUACUAUCAAUAGUUUCCUAUCGAAACUUUGAUAUUGUUUUUAUUUCAAGUAUUUGACUACAUAUUUCGCUCAUUUUUUGUGUAAAUUACAAGGUAAGAGUUUGUCCACUUGAUUUCGAGUCUUUUUUUUAAGGAUUGACGAAUCUAAUCAAGUGCUUUAACAACUAAGCCAUCGUUCAUGACAAUGCAGAAAUGGGAUGAAACUUCACCGAAAGCAAUGCUGUUGGUAGUACGCUUACAAAUAGUUUUUAGGCUAGCUGACAUUGGACUACAACUAAGUUUCCCCUAUCCAAAGUAUUCCUAUUGUCCGAAUCUAUAUUAAUAAGGAGUAAAAGCCUGGAAAUGGAAUUGAAUUGCACUGCGGUUAAAUCAAGAAAUAGCUUUGUGGACAAAAAAUCAUUUAUUGAUUUAUCUAGAAUUUAAAACCGUUGGUCAGGGGAUCGCGAUUAAAAAAUUUGUUUCAGUUAAACUGUCUUUUAACUGAUUGUGAUUCACUUGAUACUCGGUGGUUCUCAGCCAAUAUGUGGUAAUUUUAACAUCAGAAAAAGCUGAAUGCCCACUUUAUGAUCAUUGCCACUUGAAAACCGGAGACGCCAAUCCAUUUUUUAUUUGUACUUCAGCCGACACUUCCUUAUAUGCUGGUGACAAUCAGGAAGUAAUGAUCAUCUGUAUUUUCAAUAUCACUCAUCUCUUAUAUGUUUUAUUUUGGUAUUUGACCACUUAUCGCGUAGACACUAUUUACUCUUACUGUCAAUCCCAUUGAUCUGUAACUAAAAUAUUUACCUAAAAGGUCACAAACUAGUAUUUAGAUAUCCUUCUAACUGAAUAUAAAUGACUCACAGCUAGUUUUAAUAUGAUACAAACUCAAGAGGAAAUUUGUUAGGAACCAAACAUAUAAACAACGGUGAAAUCAAUUUCUAAAACACUUUAUUUGCCCUUUGCGAUACCAUUAGAAGUAUUGUCUUUCCGCACAAAUAUAGAACAAGAAAUCUUGUGUUAGACGCUAGGCUGGUGGUAUUGCGAAGAUUUAUGUUCACUUAACCAAGUAUUUGUGUGAGGUUACUUUAAGUAAGUGAUAGCGUACGUCAUUUUCCAACAUAACUCGCAAUAUUUUCAUUAACCCCCAUCUAUGUCGAGUACUAUUUUCGCCUUAACCGAGAUAUGACUUACAAUGGUUAAUAUCUUCAAGUUUAUGAGCUGUUAUGUGCCUAAUACGAAUAAAUUUACAUUCCAUAUAGUCCAAGUUAUACAAGCCUAGGCAAAUUGUAUUCACUUUAUCUCUGUACCAAUGAUUCGUUUCGUGGCACUUUAUUAUGUGGGGUUAUGCCAUUUACCCUUAAUCUUUUUUGAUUGUAGGUUUGAAAUUUUCAACGGUUAUCCGCACUUGAUUCCUAUUAUUUCCGUGAUUUCUAUCCCCUAGUGAAAACUAUGUUAGUAGUGUUAAGACUAUCUGGUGUGUGAAGAACAUAAUUACGGAACUAAAUUCGCUUUAAUGCCACGUCACAUCCAGUUUCGGAAGCUGUACCUAGUACUAUUUUGUUAUGGGAGUAGAUCAAAGAAUGUCAGGUUCGACCGGAAAUGAAAGACAAGAAGGUUCAAGCUAAAGCUUUUGGUUAUACGCAUAUGCAUUUUAAAAUUUUCUCAUCAGUCACUUUUUGUUAGCUUAUUAAUUGUGUAUUUUGUUUGUUUAACGGAUUCUAUUCGCUAGAUUGCGUAAUUUACAAAACUCUAUGCAGGGAGUUAUUGAAACACACCCAAUUACUAUGAGACAACUAUCAUUCUGUCUUAUCGUUCCUUAGCAUCCUUCUACCAACUUUCAGCGUCAGCUUACAAUGCAAGCUACAAAAGCCCUUAACACAAGUUUGGUCAAUACUGAUGUCCCGAUAGAAAAACUUUUGUAUCAUGUUCACUGCUAAGCCCAAACAUUUUUCACACAUUGACUUCGAUUUAUGUGUUGGUUUAGAAUAGGUGGAGUUCAGUGAUAAAAAUAAUUUAACGUGGAAUCAUCGAACAUCUUUAACUCGAUGGGGUCAAUGUUCAAAAGCUUGUAGCGAAACUUCUAACUCAGUUUUGUACAUGUGACAUUUAGUAUUGAGACCGUAGUAUAUAGUUUAUUGAUGCUUGUAUACUGAACUCUAACUGUUCUGCUUCAUACUUUGCUCUACUUCCGAAAAAUAUAAAUCACAAUUUGGUGUAAUCAUGAACCAUGGUGUUUGCUGCUGAUCGUUUCAGUGUAUCAGUAAAUUGCUUCUCAAUAGUUCACAUAAAUCAGUGAAAUAACAUUCGUAAACGUGGUUGAUUACUUUGUGGUACCUGUUGUAUAUGUUGGCAGGUCUAUGUAGACGGAUUCGUACAUCUUGAUUGUUUUUAUUUUCAUAUAAUGAGCAACCACUUCUGUCUUGUUAUUCUAGGACAACCAGCUUUCAAUUGUACUGCAUAUUUUAAAGUUCUCAAAGCGAUUCUCAGUCGCAAACAACAUAAAAUUUAACACAAGCAUGUUCUACCGUGAUUUAUCACAAUGUACAGCAGCACAAUGACAUACACGUUGGUCAUUUGAGAACAGCAUAUUGUCCGUUAUCAUAUGCUUAGUUUAGUGGUAAAGUCCAAAAGAGAAGCGUGAUACAUUUUUGCUGAAAAAAGUUUCAUGUGGGUACUCUACACAGCACGUACGUAAAUUCCAUUAUUAAGUCAUAUUGAUGAUUUUGAAAUCGACUUUCAUAGAAAUUUGUUCCACAGAGUACGAUAAUGAUGUUUUAACCUAUUUUUUCGUAGGCAUAUUACGCGUGUGAGAAAAAUGAGGAUGCAGCUGCGAAUUUCCUGCUUAGUGAAAGUUUAGACGAUGAGAUGGUGUGAAGUUUGGUGUAAAUCAUCGUUUAUAAUUGUUAUUACCAUUGUGAUGUUAGUUCUGGUUGGAGUGUGACUAACACAUUUUUAACAAAUCCACGUCCUUUUUCUCUGUUUUACAGCCUUUAUUCACUUAUCCACCCAUCCAUUUCCCGUGUUUAUUUUCACCAAUCCACAUUAUUAAAAGAAGUGGUUGAAAAGAACAUGCUUAUUAAAAAAUGUACCGAUAAUACUAUGUUUAACCAUAUUCAUCAAAGUCUGGGUUUAAUGAGCGUUCCCUGUUUUGCUUUUUCUGGUGAAGAUCAUUAUAUUUGUCAACGAAGUAUGUGUUUAUAUAAUGUAAACUGUUCUUUACUUUUCUGAUCCGACUGCAUUCAACUGGUGAUUAACUUUGAUCCUUUUUUACAUUAGUUAUGUGGGAUAUAAAAUUUCACAUUGAAUCAAAUAACCUAGCGUUCUUGAUGCAAGCGAAAAUGUUAGUUUUUGAGUAAAAAUUAGUUGGAAAAAUUAAGGAUAUCAAGAACAUUUAAAAAUAUAUAUAUUAUGAAUAAUGAAUAAAUAUUUUCCAUAUACUUAGCUUACGUGUUUGCAUUUUACUCCUGUAUCAUUUAUGUCCUAAAGGAGAUUUUUAAUUAUAAUUAAUUCAAUUUUCCAUAUUGUAUCGACCGAAAAUUAUCACGAGUCAGUUGUUAUGCAUCAGUCACCUGUAUGCUUGCAUCGUUUUCUUUGAUUUGUGAAACCAAGUUAGCUGUUUCUUCACAGCCGUAUAUAACAGCAUAGUCAUUGUGGGAAAAUAAACCAGAAUGCUGAGAUUUUCUAUUUUUGUUGAAAAAUUUAUGGGAAUCAGCGACCUAAACCAAAUUCAACUAAUUUCUAUUAAUAUUCUAAUCAAAGAACAAUAAAUCUCGCUGUUCAUUUCCAGGAUAGGCAAAUGUGAAUCUUAUUUUACUUUUAGCUUCACUAAUAUAAGCGAUCUUAGUUUUUGUAACCGAAUUAUGGAGACAUUCAUUUUGUUAGAAGCUACUAAUAAGCACUUGUUUGUUAUCGCUCAAUAUGAUGGUUUACUUCGAAGAUUCAGAUGAAUUUCGGAGCAGUCAUUGAGGCCUUGAUAUAUCGAAGACAAUUGAAUAACUGCCCUAUUUUAGUAUCCGACAGUGGUGCACAUUUCCAAAUAAUACAAAUGUUCUUUAAAUGAAUUAAAUGUUUUACCAAGGAAAUCCAUCUACUCUGAUAAACAGUGGCCCCCAAAUGCCCUGGUACGGC